CAGUAAGCAGUAACGGCUGCGGCUGCCAUGAGGUCAGUUCACGGCUGCGGCAGCCGAGUAGCUUGCGUCGCUGGGACGGCGCGGCGGCGAGUUGGUGAGUGAGAGACGCAGACGUUGCCCCGCCAUGUGGCUGUGGUACAGUCUGGUGCUGCUCGCGGUGGCUGCCGCGUUGUUGCUCCUCUACCUGUACUCCGUCAACCAGCACUGGAGGAAACUGGGGAUCGCGCACCCCAGGCCGCAGCUCUUCUUUGGAAACACCCGCCGCCUGUUCCUCCUCAAGGAAUGCCUCCCAGAGGCGCUGGACCGUGUCUACCACCAGCUGGAGGGACUGCCGUUCGGAGGCUUCUACCUCAUGACGAGGCCGUGUCUUCUUCUGAGGGACGUCAACCUCAUCAACAGAAUCUUUGUCGGAGACUUUGGACAUUUUCACGACAGGAUGAACUUCCCGCAGUACAAAAAGGACCCGAUGAUGCAACACUUGUGCACCAUGGGCGGCUCCAUGUGGAAGGAGAUGCGUCUCCGCAUGUCGCAGGUGUUUUCGGUGGGCCACACGCGCCGCGUCUUCUUCGUGGUGCAGGAGUGCUGCUCGCACCUCCUGAAGUCCGUGGAGGCGGCCAUCCGGCGCCAGCCCGGCUGCGAAGUGGAGCUCAAGGAUCUGGUCUCCUCGUUCACCACUGACGUCAUCGGAGUGUACGCCUUCGGGAUCGAGUGUGGCGCAAUUGAUGACGCCAACUCGCAGUUCCGUCGCAUCAGCAGCAUGGUGUUUGACACUUCGGCCACCAAUGCAUUUCGGCAGAUUCUCUUGCUGAUUUUGCCAGCACUGGCCGCUCUCCCCGGGAUGAGCUUCUUUUCUACGGCCGUGACGGAGUUCUUCGACAGAAUCUCAGCGGAAACUGUGCAGUACAGGGUGAAGAAUAAAGUCCUCCGCGAUGACCUAGUUCACCUGAUGAUGACGCUGAAACAGAAAGGGCUCCUGGUCACGGAGGAAGGAGAGUCUUUAGAAAUCAGCGACAAGUUUAUGGCAGCGCAGCUGCACAUAGUGUUCGCACUCGGCUUCGAGAUGACUUCCACGGCGAUGAGCUUCUGCCUGCACGAGCUGGCCAUGAACCCAGGAGUGCAGACCAAGGCGCGAGUCGAGGUAGACGCAGUACUCAGCCGACACGGUGGCGAAAUCACGUACGAAGCACUCCAGGAGAUGCGGUACCUGGACAUGGUGGUUGCUGAGACUCUGCGCCUGUACCCGCCACUGGGCUUCCUAAUGCGGCAGUGUACUGUGCCGUACCAGGUGCCGGGCAGCGACCUGCGCCUGCGAGUGGGGGACGUUGUGUACGUGCCGCUGCUAUCGCUGCACCGCGACCCGCGCCUCUUCCCUGAGCCGCUGCGCUUCAACCCGGAGCGCUUCAGCGGCGGCCACGCCCGCCCAGCCUACCUGCCGUUUGGCGCCGGACCAAGAACCUGUCUCGGUCAGACGUUCUCUCUGGUCGAGGUAAAAGCUGGGCUGGCGGCUCUGCUGUCGCGCUUCGAGUUCUGGCGGUGCGCGCGCUCAGCUGGCAGUCCAAUCCCGUUGGAGCCUCGCAAGGUCAUCCUGGCGGCAGCCAAUGGGCUGUAUGUCCGAGUCACACCUAGAGCGUGGCUGCCUGUCAACUGAGCGCCUGAAGAUACGCAACAGUUCAGAAACGCUGCGCUGCUAUUUCGGGCAUCUCUGUUACGUCUGUCCUAGUAGUCAGUGGCAGCUGACACAUUUGUACCGUAACCUGGCUGUUACUGGCGCUUACAUAAUAAACUGAAGAUGUGUUAUAGCAGAGGUAUAAGCUGUUAUGGCAUAUCUGUCCCCCUAGAGUAAUUUGAGAUUGUGCUAGCAUCACAGAGGGUGAAACUUACAUAUGUAGGUCCAUGAAGUGAGCGUCUCACAACGACAAAGCUGGAGAAAUGCGUAUGUCAAAAAAAUACAACAGCUGUUGCCACUCAGUGCUGUACUCUUUCUUGGUAAGUCCUUGCUAAUUCAACCUCACACUGGUUAUACACAUCAUGUUCCUGACACAGACAGCUCUACACGCAGCUGCCGAAGAUGCUCUGGGGUAUGCAGCUGCUAUAAUGCAAGCGAUAAGUCGGCUCCUACUCUUGCAGUGGCCCAGACCCAGCUGAGUGGCAUGAGAUAAUUCCUCUUCACUCACCCUCAGUUAUGCAACUGAAGGUAAGUGUCUGUGCAGAAACUUUAAGUCUGGUGUUGUGAUAAAUCAUCUGGAAACACCGCCCCACAGCAGCUGCACGGGCUGGACAUUGUGAAACAUCUUGAGUACAUUUGGCUGUCAAACGAAGAGAUGCAGACUUUCCGGACUUCAGAAAUGGUGAACUGAUGUUCUGUUCCUGGUCUCCUGACAACAAUGCAGCCGGCGUAAAGCUCAUUUUAUGGAGUGUCUACAGACCUGUCUCCUAGACUCACAUGAAAUGGGCCGCCUCGUCAUAAAUGAACACUGUAGUGCAGGUAUCUAUUAUAGAUCAGUCCUGAUAUUCUUGUCUUAUGCAAAUAUAACUGAAUGGGGAUCCUCUGUUAAAGAUUUUAUCUUUCGUUUAUGCAUUUAGGAGGAUCUGACGGUAGCACAAGGGUCUUGCUUGUUUCAGUUAUGCGAAUUCUGUCCACUGAUAUGUUCGUUAUACUUCAGUUCAAAAGUGGCUUAAUUAUAUAUGGAUAUAGUAUACGUGCAGUCAUAUUAGAAAGUUGUAUCCUGACACAAUAAAUCUGCCGCAAUACAGCUGAAAGAGUAGACGAAAUAGUCAAAUGGAUAAGAGAUAAUUAUAUUUUAAAUUUGUGAGACAUUAUUUCGUUCAAAGAGCAUUUUUAAAUACAAUUUACUCUUCUAAUAGUUGUAAUUUUCCAAGUUGUAAAUAAGAAAUUACAUUAUUUGUAUGCUGUGUUUUAUACUGAUUAUAUGUAACCAUGGUUUUACAAUU